AAGGUUGAUAGGUUUGUGCGCGGGUCCCUCGUGCAGGCUGCGCUCCUCCUGGGUGCUAUUUGACAAUUCCUGCCUCUGCCAUUGGUCAGUGUUGGAUCAGAUGGUUGUAUUUCCUUCUGGCCCUCACUGGCACCUCGCCAUCCCCCCUCAGCUAAAACCCAAUCUCGGCUAUACUACUAAUAGGCGCGGCGCUCGGACUAUAAAACACAACAAAUCAUAAACCCGGCGGAGCAGCAGCGGCCGCGCGCGCCUCCCUCCCGAUGAGUUCCUAUUUCGUGAACUCCACCUUCCCCGUCACUCUGGCCAGCGGGCAGGAGUCCUUCCUGGGCCAGCUGCCGCUCUACUCUUCUGGCUAUGCGGACCCGCUGCGACACUACCCCGCGCCUUAUGGGCCGGGACCGGGCCAGGACAAGGGCUUUGCGACAUCCUCCUAUUACCCACCAGCCGGCGGCGGCUAUGGCCGGGCGGCGCCCUGCGACUAUGGGCCGGCGCCUGCCUUCUACCGGGAGAAGGACGCGGCCUGCGCCCUCUCCGGCGCUGAUGAGCCUCCCCCGUUCCAUCCUGAGCCGCGCAAGUCCGACUGCGCACAGGACAAGAGCGUGUUUGGAGAGACCGAGGAACAGAAGUGCUCCACGCCUGUCUACCCGUGGAUGCAGCGCAUGAAUUCGUGUAACAGUUCCUCUUUUGGGCCCAGCGGUCGGCGAGGCCGCCAGACCUACACACGCUACCAGACUCUGGAGCUGGAGAAAGAAUUUCACUACAAUCGCUACCUGACCCGCCGGCGGCGCAUCGAGAUCGCGCACGCCCUGUGCCUGACCGAGCGGCAGAUCAAGAUCUGGUUUCAGAACCGGCGCAUGAAGUGGAAAAAAGAGAGCAAACUGCUCAGUGCGUCUCAGCUCAGUGCGGAGGAGGAGGAAGAGAAACCAGCCGAGUGAAGGUGCUGCAAAGGGAGGGGGGACGCGAAGGAAGAGGCCUGUGGGGGAAAUCGAGGGCACCCGAAAGCCUCAGAAGGUUCUGCGGUCGGGGGAGAGUCUGGGGACUUGCUCUCCAGCGCAAGACGGGCGGGGCCCAGCGCUCUACUGGACACCCCCUUCCGCAGAGCUCUUCCCCGGCGCUUGGAGGUUGCCCACCCAGCACCCCAGCGCCUCCUCCCUCCCUGAAGAGCCCACUUUGGCCUCAUCAGCCUCCCUGGUGAGAACUGAGAAUUGGACUCACUUGCUGUCUCCUGGAAGCAGAGCAACAUGCUCUUGUCCUUGUCGGGUCUCACUUUGUCCAUGUCCCCCGUGCACGGUUCAAUGGUAGAUUCGCUGUCCCCCUCAGCAGGGACUUGAAAGACUCCCUGACCCCAGACUUGUCUCUCCUACCCCCUCCCCCAAAGUCACUGGAAGGAGCACAUACUACCUAGAAGUAAGAAGAGGAGCCUCAGAAGAAAACAAAGUUCUAUUUUAUUAAUUUUCUAUGUGUUGUGUUUGUAGUCUUGUCUUAGCUCUGGACGUGAAAUACUUCGGUAAUAAUAUUAAUAUUAUUAAUAAUGAUCAUGAUGAUGAUGAUGAUAAUAA